AUGAAAAUUUUCAGCUGCUUCUGUUGUGGAAAAGGAUUUGAUCGAACAAAGAAGAAGGUGAAGAGUGAGCCAUCAAGGAGGAUUUUCUCACUGAAGGAACUUCACGCAGCCACAAACAGUUUUAAUUAUGACAACAAACUCGGCGAGGGUCGAUUUGGUAGUGUGUAUUGGGGUCAGCUUUGGGAUGGAUCUCAAAUUGCAGUCAAGAGACUGAAAGCAUGGAGUAACAGAGAAGAGAUAGAUUUUGCUGUAGAAGUCGACAUUCUUGCUCGUAUUCGCCACAAGAAUCUGUUGAGUGUGAGAGGUUACUGUGAGGAAGGACAAGAACGACUCAUUGUGUAUGAGUACAUGCCAAAUCUGAGCUUGGUCUCGCAUCUUCAUGGUCAGCAUUCUUCUGAGUCGCUUCUUGAUUGGACCAGGCGGAUGAAUAUCGCAGUAACCUCUGCUCAGGCAAUAGCCUACUUACACCAUCAUGCAACACCUAAAAUAGUCCAUGGAGAUGUGAGAGCGAGCAACGUGCUGCUUGACUCUGAGUUUGAAGCUCGGGUUACGGAUUUCGGAUAUGGUAAGCUGAUGCCAGAUGAUGCAGGAGAUGGAGCUGCUAAAACCACCAAGGGUAACAAUAGUAAUCUUGGGUAUCUCUCACCGGAAUGUGCUGAAUCAGGCAAAGAAUCAGAGAUGGGAGAUGUGUAUAGCUACGGUGUUGUUCUGCUGGAGCUGGUUACUGGUCAAAGACCUGUAGAGAGGCUAAACCAAACGACGAAACAGGGUAUAACCGAACGGGUUUUGCCUCUGGUUUACGAUAGAAAGUUUGGCGAAAUUGUGGAUCAGAAGCUGAAUGGGAAGUAUGUGGAAGAAGAGCUGAAAAGAGUGGUUUUGGUAGGGCUUUUGUGUGCUCAGAGUGAGCCAGAGAGGAGACCAACAAUGUCUGAAGUUGUUGAGUUGCUGAUGAACGAAUCUAAGGAGAAAAUGGCUUACAUUGAAGCUAAUCCACUCUUCAACCGAAUCAGUAAUGGCGGAGAAGUCACAGAUGAGAGCUCAGAGAUCAUUCCUCAAAAACAAGAACAAGAAUAG